AUGGCGGAAGUUGAGGCUGACACGGUCGCAAUUUCAGAGCAAAUCCCGGGAACAGACACGACUGCACCUCAUGAAGAGCACGAGGCUGAGGCCGCUGCUGAUGAGCUCUCAUUAGCGGAUUUGACUCCAAACCAGCCAGCAGAUAGCGCACCACCACCUCAAGAGUCGACCACGGAGCCACCAAGCGGAACUUCGCAAGAAAAUGGUUCGGUCCAGGCCAAAGUGGCGACUGCAGUCAGUAAAACGGCUGCAAAAGUCAACGGAGCCGCGUCUGGGGUGAAGAAAGUGCUAAACUCGGGCACUUUUGGGGCGACUAAGCCUGCUACCUCUAAACCGACAACUGCCCCCGCAAAACCUGCCGCUGCUCCACUUAAGAAAUCGACCAGUACUCCAGCGACUGCCUCCUCAAAGCCACCGAUGUCGUCAACUACAACCAAACCAGCCGUUUCAUCCACGACUGCGCGAAGAACAUCGCUGGCCCCAGCCAAAUCAUCAGCCCCUCCAAUAAGCAAACCUUCUUUAUCCGCCUCCGCUUCAUCAAAGCCAACCACAGCUCCAACAACGGCUACAGCACGUGGGGUGGUCUCUCCCACUGGCUCAAAGUCUCCGCCUGCCGCAGAUGGCCCAAUUCGUCCACGUGCAUCUGUUUCGGAAGGUGUUAAGCGGACACCUCUGACCUCAGCCCGACAAAGUUUAACUGCCGCGGCUAAGGCGCCUUCGACAGCUUCCAAGCCGCCAGUCGCCUCCAAGGCAGCCUCAACAAAACCUCCGACUUCUGUCGCAGCUAAGAGGGCAUCUGCCUCCAUUACAUCAAUCCAAGAAGUCCGAGAAGACACUAAAGCGUUGGAGGAUCUUCAAACAAAGCUUGAAGAGGCUACUCAAUCUCUUGCGACGAAGACAGAAGCUGCCGCUGAGUUGGAGAAAAAAGUGGAAGAAUUGAACACAUCACUUGCUGCAGCACUUGCGGAUGUUGAAGCAAAGGGAUCAUCGUCAAACGAGCUCUCAGAAGCAAAAUCAGCUUCAGAAACUCAAUUGAAGGAGGCUAACGAAGCUCUCGAGAAGCUUAGGAGUGAGCAUCAAGAUUCGGAAUCUGUCUUGUCGUCAAUUCAAACAGAACUCGAAGCUGCUAGAACGGCUGCCGUGGCUCAGAAGGAACUAAUCGACAACCUCCAAGAGCAGAUUACUUCGCUGGAAGCGGAGGUCGCCCAAAGCAAACAGAAUCUUGAGUCGUUACAAGCCUCGCACUCUGGUGCUGUCUCUGAUGCCGCUGCCGCUUCUGCGGUUGAGCACGAUGCCUUACUCAAAGCCCAGUCCGAUUUCAGCGCUAUUCAAGUUGAAAUCGAGGCGCUUAAAACCGCUCAUACCCAAGCUCUCGAUGAUUUGCAAGCGAAACUUACUACUGCGGAGGGCAAAAAUUCGACGAUUGAGGCUUUGGACGCUCAAUUGGCUCAACUGAAGGAGGAGAAGGAGGAUGCUGCAUCCAAAUUGUCAGAAAUAGAGGUGGAGGUUCUUGAGCUCAAAGAAGCCCAGGAAAACAUCGAAGAAGAACGCGCAACAACAUCAGCUCAAAUCGCCAAGCUGGAGGAGGAACUUGCUCAGGCGAAGUCGUCGACUCAGAAAGCCAUCGAUGAUGCCCAAGCGAAGGAGGCUGAACAUCUUUCCCAGAUGGACGCAUUGAAGGCGGCUCAUCAACAAGACAUGACAAUUGUCUCUGAUACCCAUGCACAAACCAAAGUACAGUUGGAGUCUGUCCAAGGAGAGUUAGUGACUGCUCUCGCAAAUCACGAAACUCAAUCUGCUCAACAUACUCGUCUACUUGCGGAGGCCGAGGAAAAUCACGCUACCAGGCAGGCCGAACUCGCUGCUGAAUUAGGGAGUAUUAAAACGGAACUCGAGAGCCAGGAGGCGCACUACGAUGCCAAGGUCGCUGGUGUCAAGGCUGAACACGACAAGUUGCUUCAAGAAGCCUUCGAGCGCGCGAAAGCAGAAGCCAUAGAAUCACACCAGCGGGAUCUAAACGGACUUCGUGCGGAGUCGGGCAGUACAAUGGAUCAAGUCCGUGUUGCACACGAGACAACGUUGAAUGAGCUCAAGGCCGAACACGCUUCAAUACUUGAAUCGACCGCUGGCGGGUUGGAGAAGCAGAUCAGCAAAUUGAGUAUUGAACUCAAAGCAACGCAGGAUGAUCUCGUCAAAGCAAAAGCCAAUGUCGAAGCUCUGAAAGCAGAGGUCGAAACUCUCACUACCCAACGCGAUGAGGCACGGGCAGCCUUGGCGGCUACACCUGAAGUCUCGCCACAACACGUUGAAGAGGUAUCCCGAUUAACCAAUGAAUUAAGCGCGGCAAAAGACGAUCUUAAUGCCAUGACGGAGAUCCGCGACCUAACGAAAUCCUCUCUUGAGGCCAUGACAAAGAACCACGCUAUUGAAUUGGAAGAGGCCGCUAGGGCACGUGCGGAGGAGGUGACGAAGCUUCGGGCAACGCACGACGAGGAAAUUACCCAGUUGGCGACUUCGAAAAGCCAAAUGGUUGCUAGAUUGUCUGAUUUGGAAGGAGAAUUGUCGACGUUGCAAGCAAGGCAUUCUGCUGAAGCCCCUUCUGCACCCAAGAGUAAUGGCGCCGCUGUACCACCGUCUUCGCCAGGCAUUACCAAGGAGGAACUUCAACAAAUGCACGAGGCUCACAAUCUCAAGAUCCAUGACUUGCAAGCGGAACACGAGAAAGCCAUCAAGGCUUUGAAAGAAGAAUUAGAGGCGGCAGAAGCCAAGGCUUCCCAACUCGAAAACGAUUUGGGACGAAAGGCGAUGGAGCUUCAGUUCCAAGAGUCCGAGAAUGAAGAUCUCCAGGGACGAAUUGAAACACUGCAAGAGGAACUUGAGGCAGCGAAAGCACCCACGGCAGAUUGA